AUGAGCUUUUUAGUAUCUAACUACAAAAGUUUAUACAAAUCACCGAAGAAUCACCAGAUUGACAGAGUCCAAAGCCCAGAGCUCAUUUCAAGCAAUUGUGUAUGUCCUUGGUGGUUCCUAAGGAUCGUUUCUAAAAGAUUCAAGAAGGGAGCUUGCAGUAAGUAUGUUAUGCUAUUUUUUCAUACGAUUCUUUUCAGCUGUGGAGAUGAGACACACAGCAGUAGGACUUGCUUUGAUAGGCCUGUGAAGAGACUCUCUCUACAUAGAGAUAAAGUUGAGGUUCUCAGCAAGAGUGAUGGUGACAAGAGUGAUGGUGACAAGAGCAAUGGUGAUGAUAGUGACUAUGAUGAUAAGAGACAUCCUUUUUCAAGAGAUGGAAGUUCAAUCUCUGACUAUCUCCUAAAGGCGUCGAAAGUUGAAGACCCAAAUGAGAAGUUUGUGGCUCUAGGAACUAAACAAGACAUAGCCAUUUGGGAAAAUACAGAAGUAAUAGUCUUUGUCAUCAAAUAG